AUGAAGCUGUGUCUUCUUCUUUUCUUGCUGUGUCUCUGCUGUCCGGGACUGACUGAGGAGCCCAGUCCAGGAACUUCUGAUGUCUCUGGUCCUGUUGAAGAGGAGAAGACAGAGGAGGAGGUUCACAGCUGUGGAGGAGCGCAGUUGUUCAGCCCUGAGGAACGCAGAUCGAUAGGGGCCGCUAUUGAGCGACUGGGUUUACAGUUACUGGAAAAGCUUCCUAUUGGUCCACAGCAGCCUAAUGUCAUCCUGUCACCUCUUAGCCUGGCCCUUGCCCUCGCUCAGCUUACCUUAGGUGCUCGGAACGAGACAGAGAAGCUGCUGCUGAAAACCCUUCAUGCCCACAAUCUGCCAUGUUACCAUCAUAUACUGGGAGGCCUUCUACCUCAUUUCAGAAACACAUCGUUGGAAGUGGCAACACGCAUGUACCUGAGACCAGGAUUUGAAGUGAAGUUGUCUUUUGUUGAGGACUCUCUGGCCAGGUACCAAUCAGAGCCUGUCCCUCUGGUCUCUGUGGAGGAGGUCAACCAGUGGGUGGAGAACGCCACGAAUGGUCAAAUCCCCAACUUCCUGGAAAGUAUUCCACAUGACGUGGUGCUUAUGCUCAUGAACGCUGUGUAUUUCAAAGGUGAAUGGCAGACACGAUUUGACCCCCAAGUGACCUCGAAGGGAGUGUUCUACCUGGACAACCAGAACUCUGUGUCGGUAGACAUGAUGAAGUCUGCCCAGUACCCUCUUCGCCUGCUGGAUGAUCCAGAACUGGGAGCACAGGUUGCCAGCUUUCCAUUCAAGGGAAAUACCAGCUUCUUAAUUAUCAUGCCCUUGCCGGGCAGAGGAAACGUUUCAUCUGUGCUUCCCAAACUGAACAUCUCCGACCUUUACAGACGUCUACCUCAGGAAAAAACAAUGCAGGUCAACUUACCUAAGGUGAAGCUACAGUACCGCCAGGAGCUCCAGGAAGUGCUGACCAGCAUGGGCCUUGGCUCUCUGUUUUCGGGUCCUAAUCUUUCUGGGAUUUCCGACCAUCCUCUGAAGGUGACCAGUGUCCGCCACGCCAGCACUGUAGAACUCAGCGAGGAGGGCGUGGAGGCGUCUGCCACCACUGUUGUAACCUCCAUGCGCUCUGUCUCUCUCUUCUCCGUCAACUCUCCUUUCCUCUUCGCCCUCAUUGAUGAUGCUUCUCUUGCACCCCUCUUCAUGGGCAUCGUCAUGAACCCUGCCCCCGAUAACAACCCAAUGCUUCAUGACGAUCCCCACGGCAACAGCACCAUGAGUGACCAACCUGUAACAGAUAAUAGUGAACACAGCAACAGGUUGUGCAGUGAGACAGAGCCAGCAGAGAGCAGCAGGGUGCAGUCAUGUAGUUCUCCUGCUGGUGAGAGGGAGCAACUGCGGCAUGUAAAAAGACUGGAGAGUACCGAUGGGAAAAAGAAGUAA